AUGGAUCCAUAUCAGUACGAAAGCAUGUAUGACCCACGCGGUUGUGGCUUUCCCAUCCACCCGCAGCCGCCCUACCUCAUCCACCACCCGGUGGCCGCGCUUUCGGAGAGCAGGAUGAGGGGCGGUGCCGGGCGGCGCCGGCCCGGUGCUAAGCUCUCGACGGACCCCCAGAGCGUGGCAGCGCGGGAGCGCCGGCACCGGAUCAGCGACCGCUUCCGCGUGCUCCGCAGCCUCGUGCCCGGCGGCAGCAAGAUGGACACCGUGUCCAUGCUGGAGCAGGCCAUCCACUACGUCAAGUUCCUCAAGACGCAGGUAAGCCUGCACCAGGCCGCCCUCGUGCAGCACGAGGAGGGAUGCGGCGGUAGCCAUGAGUUCUCUGGCGUCGCCGUCGGUCGUGGCGCGGAUGGUGAGGUGACGGCGAUGCAGCUUCCGGGAAUGCAGGCUCUGCAGGAGGUGAUGAGCAUUUACCACUCCGGAGCUCUUCAGCAGGUGGAAGAGCUUGAUCUUGAUCUCGGCCCAGGACAGAUGAGCAGUGCUCACGAUCUGCCUCCUUUGCCUCCCUGCGUCUUUGAUGAAGAGUCUGCUGGAGCGUGCUACUCCGUGGGCACUCUGCAAGGCGAUGAGAUCACUCACGGCCACGGACCUUAUUAG